CUGGAUUGCUCUGGUUGGGAACGCUAGACCUGGUAAGAGCUUGACGAUGUCCCAAAACCCAAACAUGACUGAGACACGGAUUGUGCUGCUGGGGAAGACUGGUGCUGGGAAGAGUGCAGCAGGAAACACCAUCCUGGGGAAAAGAGUAUUCAAAUCACAAUUCAAUUUCAACUCUGUGACUAAAGAUUGUGAUAAGAAAAGAGAGAUGGUGUGUGGGCAAAGUCUGGCUGUUAUCGACACCCCAGGGCUGUUUGACACCAAGUUUACACAGGAGGAAGCCAUAGAAAAGAUCACAACGUGCAUCAACCUCUCUUCUCCUGGUCCCCAUGUGUUCCUGAUUGUGAUCAAGCUGGGAAGAUUCACUGACGAGGAGCAGAAAACUGUGAAUAUGAUUCAGAAACUCUUCGGUGACGAAGCAUCAAAAUACACCAUGGUUCUCUUCACACAUGGAGACAAACUUCAGGGUGUAACAAUUGAAGAAUUUCUGUCUGAAAAUCCAAAUCUAGUAAGUUUAGUUGAGCAAUGUAAAGGGGGAUAUCAUGUUUUCAACAACAAAGAUAAGAAUCGCUCCCAGGUCACUGAGCUGCUUGAGAAGAUAAACAAGAUGGUGAAGAUGAAUGGAGGAAGCCACUACACCACUGAGAUGUUCCAGCAGGCUGAGAGAGUGAUUGAAGAGGAGAAGAACAGAAUCCUCAGAGAGAAUGAAGAGAAGAUACACAGAGAGGAGGAGAAACUGAAAAAAACACUUGAAGGUGAGGCUUUGGAGAAAGCAAGAAUGGAGCUGAGGGAAAAACAUGAAAGAGAGGCUCGAGAGAAAGCUGAAAGAAUUAACACAGCUGGGCAUUAUCUCAUUGUUGCAGGUACCGUUGCUACAAGUGGAGCUGCUAUUGGAGCUACUAUUGCAGGACCACUUGGUGCAGCAGUGGGUGCAAUAGUAGGAGGUGUAGCAGGAGCAAUAGAGGUGUUUUUAGAAACCAAUGUUUGCUGUAUACAAUAAAAAAGUAUUUCUUUGACCUGACUGCUAAGUAAUUCAACAAUAUAACUGUUUUUGCAUGUUUUAUAAUCAUAUUAGUAUCCUAGCAAUAGUGAUGAUCGUGUUAUGGGUUAGAUAGAAUGAUCUAUGUGAAGUGGUAUUGGCCAGAGGGAAGUAAACAAAGGUCUGUCAAUAAGGUUGGGAUAGAUCAUC